AUGGUCGAAGAGUGUCAGCGCCAACUCGAGGAUGAUGAACUGUCGAGCUUCGCCCGUGAGCUCCGUGAUCUACCCGCCCUCUACAUAGACUCACUCCGUAGAACGCCUACGAUGGAUUCUAGUCUAGACUCCAUCCGCGCUGCCUGGGGUAGCCCAAAACGCCACUCCGAGCGUUUCUUGGAAUUCGAGUCCAGCCACGAAAACGAAGAAGCCCCCGAGACUCAUCCCUCUAGGUUUCCUAAGGCCUCUGAGCGAUACACAGCCCAGAGUAGCACACGCUCUCCGAACUUGGGCUGUGACUGA